AUGUGCUACUUGUAUUCGUGCCGGAAAUGCCCAAAGCCCGAGGGAACUGACGACAUUGAGUCUGAAAAUGAAUGUGGCUCGACAGAGCAGCAGCUUGGUCGCCUGGUCAUUGACGACACACGCAGCUGCUAUGUGAGCAAUAUUAUGUGGGCAAGUCUGAGUGACGAAAUUGAAGGACUGCGCGAUUUGCUCCAUGAAUCAAGCUCAGAGGCCGAGGAAGAAAAUGACAACGAAAGUGCUUUUACGGACAACUCUGGACCAUAUUACAGCCCUAAUGCCAGCAUCAUGGGGUUUCAGACUUUAGCACCAUCGCUGGGCCCAUAUCACCCCACGAUGUCGAAUUCGGUGGCCCUUUUGGAGAUUUUCAAGGAGAGUGUGGUGCCAUUCGUGCAUAUAUUCCACAUGCCAACUCUAAUGGAAGCAUACUGGGAUGCUAUGGCAUCACCCGAGAUGAUCGACCGCAACACCGAAGCCCUACUGUUCGCAAUUUACUACUCAACUGUAAUCAGCAUGGAAUCCUCACAAUGCGAAAAAGUAUUGGGUCUCUCUCGCUCAAAUGCGGUCAAGCACUUUCAAUUUGCUACACAGCAAGCUAUGGCACGUGCCGAUCUUCUCAACACCCAGAGUCUAGUUUUACUGCAGGCUGUAGUUUUGUUCUUAUCAGCCCUGAGAAACGAAGACGCUUCGCGCUCGGCUUGGUCACUCACUGCCCUCAUCUACCAUAUUGCCCGGGCUAUGGGUCUUCACCGAGAUGGAUCAAAUUUUGGUCUACGACCGCUCGAGAUCGAGCUCCGACGCCGGCUGUGGUGGCACAUCUGCUUGCUGGAUAUCCGAUCAUCCGAGUAUCACGGUUGUGAGCCUAUCGUGCAAUAUUCUAUGUUUGACACGAAACCACCUCUCAACAUCAACGAUAGUGACCUUACGGUAAAUAUGAACGAGCCGCCUGCUGAGCAUGAAGGAGCUACUGAAAUGACGUUUUGCCUCAUACGAUGCGAAGUGCUACGCGCUUUACGGAAGACUACCUAUCUAUCACCGAAAAUACCAUUUGCGGGUCGGACUGCCCAUGAAUUAUCUCUCCCCGAUCGCAUUAAGGUAGUCAAAGACCUGGAAGAGCACCUAGAAACACGCUAUCUCAAACACUGCGAUAUAACAAACCCACUCUUUCGGCUCUGUGUUACCGUGACACGACUAAUAGUAGCCCGCUCCUGGCUCUUCGUGUACUACCCACUUAUCCAGAAGAACGACGGCACAAGGUUACCCACCGCAGUUCGCGAUCAGUUCUUCCAAACCUCAGUUCGAGUCCUCGAACAAUCGCACAUCCUACUCACCAGCCCAGAAAACGCUAAAUGGGUGUGGCAUUCCAAGACUCACAUCCAGUGGCAUGCUGUUGCCAUUGUGCUUUCGGAGAUUUGCUCAAGUCCGCCAUCCACUGAGAUUGAUCGUGCUUGGGAGUAUGUGCAGACUAUAUGUGAUCGGUGGAAAUUAAAGGAGCACAAGGGUAAUUUGUGGCGUCCUAUUAAGCGUCUGAUGGCCAAGGCAGAAUACGUGCGUGAGAGGCAGAGGAUGCAAGAUCCGAGCUCUAGGAUGUGGUGGCGGGUUGCUGGAGGGACCUCUAUGUCGACUGGUGUUUCGAGUCUCGGAUUGGCAGACAGUGCAGAUUUGGGAUCUAACGACAAGAAUAGUAUAUUGUCUGUGGAGACAUUGGAUUCGAUUAUUGGGUUGUCCCCUGAGCUGGGAUCGUUGGAUUCCACUCUGGGCUAUACAGCUCCUGCAGAUUCUGAUUUUACCAUGAUGAAUUGGGCCGGUGGUACUGAAGAGCUGGAUUUUGGGACCGAUGCAUAUGGUCUGCAAUAG